UCUGCGGCCACCAUCCACUCUGCGCGCCGUCCCUCACACGCCUCUGCUGCGAACAUCCCGUCCGCUGCGGUCGCCGCAGUUACGCCACUCGCAUCCAACCUGGUCCUCAUUACAUACAACUACAUCUCCGAGCAACAUUCUAGCGUGCACCGCGAAGAUACUUACGAAAUAUUGACUAUCAUGGCGUUCAUGGACCUCCCUGCUGUGCCGCCAGAGCUCAAGGCCACCACACCGUACAUCCAGCGAGCCAACGAGCUAUUCACAACCGAUCCCGUCAUGUCCUACUGGUGUGCAUAUUAUGCUGCGCAAAUCGGCAUCACCCUGAGGGCGAAGGCCACAGUGUCGCGAGCCUACCUCAUCAAUCUCCUCGAUGCACUCGAACGUCUGAAGAGCCAGAUCGGCGACAACGACGCAGUCCAUGAUGAAUCCGCUGCGAGUGCGUAUGUUGAGAACUUUGCGCUGAAGGUGUUUGCGAUGGCGGACAAUGAGGACAGGCAGGGAGACGCCUCUCGUGGAACGGCUAAGAAGUUCCUCGCUGCUGCCAACUUCCUCGAGAUCCUCCGCACGUUCGACAAAGAAAGGCCAGACGCUGCAUCACCCGCCCCCGAUUCCGCCGAAGAGAAGAUCCGCUACGCGAAGUGGAAGGCUGCCGAGAUUGCCAAAGCCUUCCGCGAGGGCCGCAAACCCACCCCGGGACCCGCAGGUUCUGAGCCCGAGCCUGCUCCUGCCCCGCCAUCACCUCCCGUCGACGCACCUUCCCUCUCACGGACGACACCGCCUCCACCAACUAUCACCGACUUGCCUAGUCCUCAGAAAGGCGCCUUCUUUCAACAACCACCACCUCCUGGACACGUCCCUGACGAGCUACUCGCACACACCCUCCCUGGGGCAUCCUCCUCCGUGCGAAGCCCCGCCUGGAGCACUGCAGCGACCCCAGGCACACCAGGGCGCCCGCUCGAUGCAAAGUCGCGCAAUAAUCUACAAGCCCGAGUGAGCGGUGAGCUCGAGGGUCAGUCCGAUGGCGAGAUCACGCCCGUCGACGAGUCGCCGAGCGGGAAAGCAGUGCGGUUCACGCCGUCCGUGACGGGCGGCGUUUCUCCCCCCACCAAUCUCACGACUCUACCUCCACCCGCGGAUUCAGAGGAAACAGGCCUGCCACCGGGCUUCGUCCCCGAGCAGAUCGACCCCGACCCGAGCGCGCCUCCGAUGGAGGACCUCCCGCCUGGUUUCGUUCCGAGUGCACCAGCGGACGAGGUCGAUGGGCCAUCGGCUUCUUAUACAGAAGUACCUCCUGUUCCCCUUUCCCCACACGCGCCCGUCCUACCUUCGGGUCCAUCCGUUCCUGCUGCUCCGCCACCAAUUUUACCUGUUGCCCCGCCUCUUGCGCCAGUCUUCCCCGUUGCGCCAGUACCCGUUCUGGAUACGACGGCGACGGCGGUGCCUGUGGAACUAACUCCAGUGCUCAUCGCGCGGGCGCAGAAGCAUUGCCGGUUUGCUAUGUCCGCAUUGGACUAUGAAGAUGCGGAGCAGGCGAGGAAAGAGCUGAGAGCUGCGCUGAGGCUGUUGGGUGGCUAGAUGUCGACAUCGGACGGGGGCCGACUCUGAGGGAAGGAUUUGGAGCCUGCCGGGUUGAAGUGAAAUGUUGUAUUCUAUGCUGUGCUAACUACGUACAUGAGUUCUUUAAAUAAUUCAGAAAGCAUGAUAACUGACAACAACAUACCAUUGGAG